AUGCCAAGGGAAGAGCUUGAGGCAUUACCUACACUUGGAGCUCUACUAGCAUUGAUGAUCAUCUCCGGACUGGUCAUUGGUGAUGUCGAGGGCAUUCAAGGACAUACACCACCUCGUAGUUUCCCAAAGAGAUCACAAGAGUUUGCUAUGGGAGAAAAGGGACCAAAACUUAGCAUCCUUUGGUUCACUGUGCGUGACUCGAAAUCCUUGACGUCCUCGGAGCCGAGUGCUGGAACUGCUAUCCGGAAGAACACAAAGCUUUACUUAUGGAUCAUGCUGCUCGCAUAUGCAGUGAUUAUUGCGCUUCAUGUUACUGUUGUUUUAUCUGCUGAUCAUCAAAGGAAAUUUAAACAUAGCAAGAUCCCCAUUCCUGACAAAUGCCACCAAGAAAUUCCCUUCCUCUCUCUUUGUUUUUUUAGGGUUCUUAUGGAGGAGGCGGUAGCAGCGUUGCGCGAGAAGGAUGGCGAGGUAUCGGCGGCUCUGCGUGCCGUGGUCGAUGGCGCGCGAUCCGACCACGGCAGGUCCUGCCUGGCGAAGCUCGGCGCCGUCCCCGCCUUGGUUUCUCGUUCUCGGGUACGUAUCGACGACAAUCUCCUCCUGCCGCUCCUGCGCGCUCUUCGCAAUCUCUGUGCCGGCGAAGCCAUGAACCAGGAUUCAUUUCUCGCCGAGCAAGGGAUGGAUCUGGCAGUAGCACUGGCAUCCAGAUUCCAGAAGCGCUUAUGUUCUCUUCGCGAGGAGGAUCUGGAAGAAGAGGAUGGGAAGUUCUGGCUGGAUUGCGCAAAGGCGUUGUUCCAGAUGCUCGGGAAUGUGGCCGGGCGUGGAGAGCAGGCACAGGAUUCCAUCUGGAAGGCAUUCUUUCCAGAGAUUUUGCUCGACUUGGCGUGCGUCUCCACGAAAGAGGUGCUCGAGCCGCUGAGCAUGGUGGUCUACACAUGCUCUAGAGCGAGCCCCGAGCGCCGCCUCCAGCUUGCUCGAGGGAAAGGGAGUCGUCUCUUGGCCAUCCUUCUCAGGGAUUCUCCAAGCUCUGAGUGGCUAAGCUUGCUCGUGGAAGCGGUGUGCCUCAAAGACGAACACCUCCCACUGGUGUUUGCAAGCCUCGGACCUUCUUCUACGUCGGCUUUCUCGUCCGAGCAGGCCAUCCUUCUCGGUGUUUUAUACUCCGUCUUGGAUGAGAACCAGGGGGCUGUCGCUGCCAUGCCAUGGAAGUCGAUGGAGUUUCUGGCGGACACCAUUGAGCAGUCGGCAAUGCUCGUGGCUGCCACGUUUAUGGACAAAGCGUUGCCUUGGCCUACAGGGUUUCCAAUCGCCGACGUCCUCGGAUUCAGUCUGUUGCUCACGAGACUCGCCACUACACAUGACGACGUCCAGCUCGACGAAGCCAGAGUUGGUCCUUUGGUUGGAUUGCUGCUGGAGAUGUUACGGGCGCUUGGACCUCCAGAGAUGGUGAGGAAAGCUGCCGGAAGUGCAUCAACGUCUCCACCGUGCGAAGAAGAGCAGGCUGCUACAAUGCCAACACGGCUUCCAGUGCACAACGUCUACAAAGGCUACCGACGUGACAUAGUGUCCGUGAUCGCAAACAUGUCGUUUCAUCGGCCCCGUGUCCAAGACCGAGUUCGAGAGGACGGAGGCUUGCUCUUAGUUCUCCAGCAGUGCGUGGUUGAUGAAGACAAUCCUUAUCUCAGGGAAUGGGGUCUAUGGGCCAUCAGGAAUCUUACAGAAGGGAACGAACGAAACGUACAGGAGCUCGCAAACCUCGAGAUCAAAAAGGCUGUCAACGUUCUGGAUGGUCUCAAGGUGGAAGUCGACGAGUUAACGAAGCGGCCAAAGCUCGUGAACGAUUCGACCUCCGGGGACAAUAGACCAUAGCUACGAGGUAAAGAUUAUCGAGGCAAGUACCUUCUCUCGCACAAUUGUUUUCAAGUUCUCCAUCAUUCUAGUCCUUAUCGUGGAUUCUUCUCUCAAUCCACUCUUUGUGCGUUUCGAUC